UCGCCGCCGGACUCCCGCGGGAUGACGGGAGGGCUGAGGCGGGGAGCGAUGGCGCUGCCCGUGGGCGCCUCCCGCAGCCGCUGCCCGUGGGCCUUGCGGGUCCCCGCUGCCCACCCGCGCCGGUACUUCCUGCUCCCGGCGGCGGAUCAGGCCAAGCCCGGCCGGGCCGGGUUCCCGCGGCCUCCGUAUCCCCGCCGGGCCGUCGUCGUAGCGCCGGCGCCCCGCUUGCCUGUGCCCCCCUCGCGCCCCUGCAGCGGCGGCCCCGAGCCAGGCGGGCGGCGGAAGGACGGCGUGGUGGUGUUCGGGGUGCCCAACCCGCUCAUGUGGCUCCGCACCCGCCUCUACUUCUUCCUCGUCCGCGCCUACUUCGACCAGGAGUUCAGCGUCCACGAGUUCACUGAAGGGGCCAAGCAGGCUUUUGCUCUUGUUUCAAGGCUAAUUUCUCAGUGUAAAUAUGAUCUACUGGAGGAGCUUGUAUCAAAAGAGAUGCUGCAGGUGCUGAAGGAGAAGCUUUCUUCACUCUCCGAAAGCCACAGAAGUGCUCUAGCUGCUGACGUGGAUGAAAUAAUGUACACAACAGCAGGAGAUGUUGGCAUUUACUAUGACGAAAGUGGAAGAAAGUUUGUUAGCAUCCUGAUGCGUUUCUGGUAUCUGACGAGUGCUGACCUCCCUGAUGAGACUCCAGAUGGAACCAAAAUAUUCCAGGUCGUGUUUGGAGAUAAAACUUCACAAGAAACAAAGCGUCUUUUAACAGCAAAUUAUGAAUUUCGAAGAGAAUUUACACAAGGUGUGAAACCAGACUGGACAAUUACAAGGAUUGAACAUCCAAAGCUAUUAGAAUGAAUUGACUGCACACUUUCAUAGACAGUUACUAAAAUUCUGGCAUAUCAGAAGACAUCUCAAGAUUUGUGUGCCACAAUCUUUUGUGGACUGCUUUUGUACUUCUCGAUUACCGGAACACAGUCUUGCUCCAAAGCAUAAAAAUAAAAUCUUUUUCAUGAGAC